AAAGGAACUGCUCUUUACAGAAAGCUGACAUAACAACGUAUGUGGCUGAAGGACAUUAUAUUAUAUAAAGGAUUUCGAAAUAAUUGUAUAAAGUCUGUAUUCGUUUACAUACGUUGCUACUUUUGAAGUUUACAGCUAGCAGAGGCAGCCCCUAGCCUAGCUUGAGACCUUCCACUGAAAUACUUUGGUACUCUACCUGGCAUGUUCCACUACUAGCUAGGCUAGCUCUUUUUCGGCUCAAAGAACACAUGAUCAUGCAGCCUUGAGAACAGGUGACAUAAUCGGACUGGGUACUGUUCAUAAACUGUCUUGAAAGUAGAGGUCAAGUGUCUUGAGUUCUCUGGAUAACCUCGAGUAUGGCAGAUGUUCAAAUGAGUCCCAUGGAGGAGAUGGUGGAGAGGUUUCUGGACGCAGCAGCAAGGGGGGACCUGGUCAAGGUGACCUCCAUGUUGUCACAGUCCAAUUCUCUGACUAAUCAGAAGGGAGAAAAAGACUGGACCGCUCUGAUGAUGGCGGCCAGGAACGGACAUUUUGAUGUUGUACAAACUCUACUGUCUUACGGGUGCGACAAGCUGUCCGUCAACCAGUCUUCCCAGACGGCUUACGACAUUGCCAAGUUCUGGGGCCACCGCCACAUCGCCUACCUGCUCUCCAGGAACGUGGGCGGUUGGGACCGCGCCCUGCUGGACCCCGGGGCGGACGAGCACGAGAACUACUUCAGCAAGGAGGUCCUGGACAGGCUGAGUGAGAGGCGGUCUGACUCUGCCUGGCUGGAAGCCCGACAGAACUCCCCAGACUCCGUCUUCCUCCUCUUCUUCGGUCUCAACCCUCUGGUGAGCUCCACGGCUGAGGAGACCAAGAAGGCGAGCCAGGGGGAAAUGAGGCUGUGCCGGCUGGGGCCGGGCUCUGUCGCGGAGCUUCUGCAGAAGCCAGGGAGCACCGUCAUCUUCUUAGGGGUGGAGAAGCGUCGCGGGGCCCCUGGUGCUCUGAGGGAGGGAGGAGAGCCGACGGCCUGGUUCGCUGUCGACACAGACACCGACCCCCUGGGGAACCUUACCAUCCCAGACAGGAACAGCUUCUUCCUCAAACAUCCCUUCCCCGGGCUUCUCAGGCUGAAUGAGGACGAUGCUGGCAUCAUGGCACAGGCGCGGUCUGUGUUGGCCUGGCACAGCCGGUACAGCUUCUGCCCCACCUGUGGCAGUAAGACCAAGGUGGAGGAAGGGGGCUACAAGAGGACCUGCCUGAACUCGGACUGCAGGAGCCAGCAGGGCAUCCACAACACCUGCUACCCACGUGUCGAUCCUGUGGUGAUUAUGCUGGUCAUCCACCCAGACGGUAACCAGGUUCUGCUGGGAAGAAAGAAGACUUUUCCCCCUGGCAUGUUCUCCUGUCUGGCAGGCUUCAUAGAACCAGGAGAAGCGAUAGAGGACGCGGUGAGGAGAGAGGUGGAGGAGGAGAGCGGAGUCAAGACGGGUCCAGUCCAGUACGUCUCCUGCCAACCCUGGCCCAUGCCCUCCUCGCUUAUGAUUGGGUGCCUCGCUGUUGCCGUGUCGACAGACAUCAAAGUCGAUGAGAAAGAAAUCGAAGAGGCUCGUUGGUUCACACGGCAACAGGUUACAGAUGCAAUGGUCAAGGGAACAAAGCCUGUCUUCACCAUGCCCCCUCAACAAGCCAUCGCCCACCAGCUGGUCAAACACUGGGUUGGCAUGACCUCCAAUCUUUAGGCCAGCGUUUCUCAACCCUGGUCCUCAGGCCCGUCCUGCAUGUUCUAGAUCAGGGGUGUCAAACCCUGGUCCUCAAGGGCUGCUGUCAUACAUGUUCUAGAUAUUUCCCUGCUUCAACAUACCUGAUUCUAACAAACGGGUUGUUAACAGAAGCCUGAUAACGAACAUUCAUUUGAAUCAGGUGUGCUGGACCAUGUAAACAUCUAGAACAUGUAGGACAAUGGGGCCCUUGGCGUCAGAUCUCCGGCUAUGCGGAUCAGCAGCUACUUCAAACCUUUCAGCAGAUUCCUACAUCUCACUUGACCACGUCUGCUGUACGGAGAAGCAGGUGGGGUUAGUUCAGGUGGUGGACUUUUACUCAGUGAUGCCAGUCAGCUGUAUGUAUCAGGCUGGUGUGACAGCACUUAAACACCAGGGUGGCCUUCAGAAGGAACAGAAAGCCUCCUACUCUGACAUAGUCAUUUAGCAGAUGCUCUUAUCCAGAGCGACUUGCAUUAAGUACAGGGACAUUUCCCCCCGAGGCAAGUAGGGUGAAGUGCCUUGCCCAAGGACACGUCAUUUGGCUCUAUUCAGCUGCUUUCCCGCCUUCAGAUGAACAGUUGAUUCUACUGAUUCUAGACAUCAGUCAAUGUAAGUGUGCUGCUUUUCUGUUAAAAUUAUUUAUAAUGGAUGGGUUAAAUGCUAUUAAUAACUGGCAGAUCCUUGACAUUGUUUUAUCGUGUAAAAUCUCUCUUAAGGCAUGGAAUGCAUCAUUCUUCUGAAAAAGAGCCAUGCCAAUUUUAAUAUUUAGUCAACUGAACUGCCUUUUUAAAUCUAGUUAUUGAAGUGUCAUUGAGAUUUACCUCCAUCUCAUCCAUGGAAAACCACUGCUAAGAAGGCAGUCUGUGAGGUUACAGUAGCAGGCCCACAUUCAAAUCAAGCAACUCAAAUGUAAUGUUAGAAAAAUGGAUGUUAACUAUAAGAGACAUCAUUUCUCAUCUGAUGUCAAUGUUGUGUCACAGUACCAAACUCAGUGGAUAGUGUUUUAAAGAUUAACAUAAAGACUAUAUAACAAGCAAGGUUUCAGUGUAGAUUAUUUUUGGUGAAGGACAGCACAACAUGUGGUUGGAUUGUACAGUGUUGGACUAUUCAGGUAUGUUUAAACUGAGUAAUUAACUGAA